CUCUCCCAUUGGCCAAGACGGCUUCAGCCCGCCCAAUCUCUCCCGGUGCUUGUUGGACAAAAGGGAAGUUUCCAAAUUACGAUUGGUUAAUGCCCCUCCAAAACUUUUAUUUUGGGGCAGGCCCCGUUUGCUGUGCACGGGCACGCGGAGAAGUGGAGUUGUAAACGAAGCGUGUGCACUUUUCAGCACCAAAACUCGUGGACAGCAGCCAAACGGAGGCGAGAGGUAGUCGCUUAGUUUAUCGUAAUAAACAGACGACUGUGCGGUUUGCAACGCUACACAACCGCUGCACCCGCGGGAAAACUUCAUUAGUAGGUUUGACUCGGCAAGUGGAUCACAUCAAGCGGCACAGCCUGCGCUUUGUUCGCCCCGGCGGGCAAAUACUGCCGAGAGCUGGAUAUCGGGUUGAAAGAGACAAGUUUCUGCGGGUAAACACGCCGUUAUUUUCCGGCUUCGCUCGUGUCGAAUUUUUAAGCGCGGUCUGGGUCAACUAACGGUACCCCUGGGAAGACUAAAUGGCUGCAAAUGAAGGGAAACAAAGGUGAUAGAGAAGAAUAUUCCUCCUAGCCGGUUCGGUCCAGACAAGGGUUGAGCCCGUGGUCCUGUUUUUAGCCACAUCACAACCUGCUCGUGCUGUAGCCGCCGAGGUCUCCAUUGUGUGAGCGCUGCCGCCCGACCCCCGGAUCACUCGCCGCCACCACGCACCUGCCGCCUCCCAACAGCUACAACUGUUUUCAGCCGGAUUUUUGUUUACUUUUUGAAUCCGAAAAAUGUGUUCUCGGGUUUGGUUCGUGACCGACCGGCGUAUCAGCCAGGAGUACCCUCAGGUUCAGAUCCUCCGGGCACUGAAGGAGCGCUGCGCCGACGAGGAUGUUGAAUUCCGCUCUCUCCUCAUGGAUCAGAUCGUGCUAACGAUCAGCGAGGGACAGCUAGGUCUGCGAGUGGAGCAGGAAUUGGUGACAUCUUAUCCACAGGUGGUGGUGGUACGGGUGCCCACGCCCUGGGUGCAGUCAGAUAGUGACAUCACUGUGCUGCGCCACUUGGAGAAGAUGGGCUGUCGGCUGAUCAACCGUCCCCAGGCCAUACUCAACUGUGUCAACAAGUUCUGGACCUUUCAGGAGCUGGCUGGCCACGGGGUGCCUCUUCCUGACACCUUCUCCUACGGAGGGCAUGACAACUUCCGUAAGAUGAUUGACGAGGCAGAGCCACUGGGCUACCCUGUGGUGGUGAAGAAUGCACGUGGCCACAGAGGCAAGGCUGUGUUCCUGGCACGGGACAAACACCACCUCACAGACUUGUGCCAUUUGAUUCGCCACGAUACCCCCUACCUGUUUCAGGAGUACGUCAAGGAGUCCCAUGGUCGUGAUGUCCGGGUGGUCCUGGUCGGCGGCCGUGUCAUUGGCUCGAUGCUACGCUGCUCCACUGAUGGUCGCAUGCAGAGCAACUGCUCCCUGGGUGGUGUAGGUAUGAUGUGCCCUCUGAGCGAGCAGGGAAAGCAGCUGGCCAUAGAGGUGUCGAACAUCCUCGGCAUGGAUGUGUGCGGCAUUGACCUGCUGCAGCUCAACGAUGGCUCAUUUGUGGUCUGCGAGGCCAACGCCAACGUGGGCUUCAUCGCCUUCGACCAGGCCUGUGGCAUCGAUGUGGCGGGCAUCGUUGCAGACUACGCCCUGUCGAUGCUCCCCAGCCGCCUCACCCGCAAGAUGUCCCUGCUGUCGGUCGUGUCGAGCACCAGCGAGACCAGCAGCGAGCCCGAAGUGUGCUCUGUGCCCACCGGCGGCGGCUCGCUGCCCGAGGCCGUCUGCAACAUGAGCGUGGGCUCUACUUCCAGCGAGAGCGACCCAGAGCUGGCUGAGCCCUCCCAGUCCUCGCCUUGCCAGUCCACAGCCCCCGCCCUGCCCGAUCUCCCCGACCUCCCCGAUCCAGCCUACAACUUCAACACCCUUCUCGCCAAUGAGAUCAAAUUAUUGACUGAGUAAGAUUCAAGCAGCUUCAUGCACACACAAACACAUUGAAAACACGCAUACACACACACCUGUACGCAUGGCAACAGACAUUCCUUUUACAAAAAAACAUAUCAAUCCAAAAAUGUUCCAAACAUGAAUGCAAAACAAGAGCAGAGAAAUAACAGAACACGGACACAACCACAGAAAUACAAACACCAAAAUAUGAGCCUACCCCUACUAACCCCCUUCAAAAAUAACCAAGAUCUGAGGCUGCUCCCCUGACUCUCCUCGCUGUGCACCUCAAAACCCCACUAUCCAAACUUAGCUUACACUGCAGCAUGGUGGCGAGAGUGGGAUAUAGUACAUGAUACAACUGCCAAAUUGGCCUCUCCUAGUUUCUAUUUUGCGAAACAGUGAGGGUGAAUGAAACUACGGUUUUUGGGGUGGGUGUGGGAUUCCCAUCAAAGCAUACACCUGCCAUAUUUGUAUUUUUACUAUACCAUAUCAUUUGAAGGAAAAUCUACAGUAUGGUGUCAUAAACAAGGGAUUUCGUGCUGAGACUGUGGUAAGGUUUGGUGAGUUGGAGGCGAAAUGAAGUGUUUUCUUUUUUUCAAGUGAUUAGCUCCCUGGAAGAGGAUUACAUCCUCACGCUAGGCACAUUAUACUGACAGUUCAUAUGUAGCAAUGUAGUGCUGCUGUCAAGGACACAGAACAGGGUGGGGACCGUCCUGCAGCAACUGGAGAUGGAAGAAUUUCAUGUUAAGUUUACUGCUUCUCAUAAUAACUGAAAUGAGAGAUGAAUUCACUACAGUCAAUACAUACUACAAUAUCACAUGUUGUAAGUCCAUUUACAACAGAAUGUAUACACAAUGUUUUAACUCUCCUAUAAUUUAAAUUCUUAAGUCCCAAUUUUAAAUGACUUACAGUAUAUUUUUUUUGACAGUGAACUAGAGGCUGGAAUUGUGCUGUCAGAAUGACCUUUCAUGCGUAGAUAAGAAUAUUAUCAACCAGAUUACAAACCCGUAACACCAGAAAAUCAUCCUAGGUGCUGACAAUUAACUAAUUCUCUGUUCACUGUGAAUGAAGCAGGCUAGUGUAAAUGCAAGUAAAACUGCCCUUACCUGUGCAAGGUAGUAGAAAUAUCAUACGAGUUCUGUUUAAGGAUCACAACCUGGAAUAGAGAAAUGAGCUGAGCUGAAUUUUUAACUUCACAUCUUUACAUUAGCCUUAUCAGCAGCAGCCUGCUGCUUUUUUAAGAUUAAUUCAAUGUCUAGCACUUUAUGAUAAACAGAUGCAUUUCUUUUCUCACUCAGAUGACAUAUUUAGGAAACAUGAGACAGAGUGUGAAAGCUGCAACUACACCUGCGAACAAAAUAUACCUCAAACAGUGACUUCUCACUGCCAUAGGUUGACCUAGAUAUUCAAACAUACAGUACAUAUCAGCCAGGAUCUUUGUGGUUUUCAAAUGGCCCCUGAUACACCAGGUGUUCCUUCCCUUUAUGUCUAAGAGCUAAAAAGGUAGUUGUGUAUUAUUUUUUUAAAUUUCCUUUUUAGCUUUUUUUGUAAAUAUUUAGUGAAUUAGCUUCAGUGCAUACUAGUACCAGCUGAUGAAACUGGAACGGCUGACAUAACUGCCAACAUUGAAGUUUUCAUAAGCUAUUGUGGACAAAGUUGUUUGUACAGACCUGCAAUAUUGAAAGGUUGAAACUGAAAUUUGGUGCUAACAUUUAUGGGUUUUGGUUAGAUGUGUUUUCUCAGUCAUAUGAUUUGUAGAUUUUACUUUUGUUGUUUUUACCUUGUUUUUUGAUAAGAAUAGAGUAUCCUAACCCACAAAACAUGUUGGCAUGAUGUACAAAUAAAAAACGGGAACUAUAUUUUUGCAGUCUCUUUGAAUAGAAUGUUACUUUUUCUUUUCUUAGAAAAAGGAAAAAACAAUCCAGGGAAUUCAGUGGCCAAGAGCUUAUUGCUUGCGGUUUUUCCUGUUGAUUUACCUCCUGUACACCUUCUGAAAUAACUAUCAACAUUGACGUAGGGUAUGGGGUAAAUGCCAUUCAUUAAGAAUAAUUUACAGCUCUAUUAAAAAGCACAAACGUAAGCCCUGCAUAGUGACGUCCAUCUUUUUAAACUCCUAUCCCUUUCUGUUGAACUCAACUCAGGGAAGCAGCCUGGAUCUCACCCCUGACCCCCAAAGGCACGACAUAUCCAUCCGAGCUAGAGACAUCUCAAAAACAUUACACAUACCUACAGGCAGACAAAAAGACACACAGACAACAAUGAAAAAAAGGUUGUAAACUACAGUAUAAGACAAUGUGGUGUAUACCAUGGUUAACAUGCACUUUUUUUCCUUGCUUGUUUUAUAUUGUUCCUUGUUUUCUUCCUAAUUUAUGGUAUUUUUAAAGAGAAGAAGUGGUUUGUGCACUAAUAUUGUCUCAAUAAAGUGAAACCGCUGUGAAGCUUGAUUUUAUUUUCCUUUUUUGUGGGCCCAAUUUACUAACUGUCUGAAAUCUAACAGGGGCCUGCUUCAGGGUGCCAAAUCUAAAUCCGCCACACAACAGGAAAGGCAACUUUAAUUUAAAAGGGACAGUUCGACCCCAAAUCAAAGAUACAUAUUUUUCCUCUUACCUGUAGUGCAAUUUAUCAAUCUCGAUUAUGUUAUUGUUAAAUGUCGAGUGUUGGAGAUAUCGGCCUUAGAGAUGUCUGCCUUCUCUUGCAUAUUAUGGAACUACAUGGCACGUGGUUCCUGGUUCUUCAACACUGCAACUCACCCCAAAACAAUCCUGACGGAUAAAUAGCACUACAGUUGAAAGAAAAAGGCUUGAUUUUGGCUUGAACCAUCUCUUCAAGUCUGCUGUCAAGUAAUCACAGUGGCUCCACUGAGAGAAUAACACCAUUUACACUACUGUGAUGUUGUCCGGUAUCAAUACAAUGAAAGUAUCUGAAAAACAAACUGUGAAAUCUGCUCUCCUGACAUGCAAGAGCCCGUGGGCUUAAUCAUCAAAAAGUCACUUACCAACAUAAAAGCUUAUAUGAGUUAUCUCCAGUUGUUGUUGUCCCCUAUUCUUUGAAGUCUUUUUGUUGAAGCCUGUGUCAUUCUGCAUUGUGUGCGUAAGUGUAAAUCAAAGAUCACAUAUCCUUUCAAGACAUUACCAAGCCAGCCAUAUCUCUCAUACAAUCCUGUUAUUUCAAUCUGUAGUUUACACAACAUCCAUAUGCACACAGAGCACAUCUAGCCAUUUCAGGUUCAUUUUAAUGUGCCCCAGCAACCUCUACAAUGUCUUUUCAUUGUCAGGUUUCCUCUGGGUGCAAUGAUUUAAGGAUCAUAGUUAAGUCAAGAUCCCAGUUCAGGUGGGUUUCUUUGUGCUUGGUAUUUAUAGACAAGAUAAAGUGGAUAUGAGGCAUGGAAGCUACUGAAAGAAACGGGUUAGUAGAGCUGCAACAAUACAGUGGACUAGAGAUUGAUUAGCUGAUUGACAAAAAAUUAAUUAUCAAUAAUCUAUUUUGGUAAUCGGUUAUUCGUUUAAGUAAUCGUUCAUGCAAAAUAUCGCAGAAAAUGCUGUUUCUAGCCUCUCAAAUAUGGAGAUUUCCUGUUUUACAUCAGGAAACUGAAACUUGAGCAUUAUAUUUUAGCAUUGGAUGGACAAAACAAUAGAGUAAAAGACAUCACCUCUGAUCUUGAUAAUCUUGGAUGGACAUUUUUCACUUUUUUCUGACAUUUCAUAGACCAGACUAUGAGACUAUGAUUAAUUGAUUGAUAAAUGGCAAGUGAAUGGAUGGUGAAAAUAAUUGGUUGUUGCAGUCCUACAUACUAGUGGCACAGGGAAAGAAACAUGUAGAUCAUAAAGUGAUAGAGCCUGGAACAAACCUGUAGGGACCUCUGGACUAGUCACUGUGUACAACAACACAACAGAGCACAAGGUUUCUAUUUAAUUCCAAACUGCUGCUAAUGUAUAUUUGGCUCAAAAAUUAAAAAGGGAAUAUGCGGAAAUCCAAGUGUUUCCAUGUUUUGCUGCCUCUCUUCACACAAAAAUGAAUCCGAAUGCCAAAAAACAAACAUUUUGUUGUAUAAUUCAGUACUAGUAACACUAGUAGUGAGAUGAUUUUAAAAGUGAUUCUUUGUUUUGAUAUAAUGAAUAAAUGUUUCAGAAUUGUAUAUAAUAUGUAGGAUUUCACAGCAAUCACCGGGUUCAUUUUAUGUCUGUGUGUUUUAAAAGGAACCUGAGGUUUGCUUAAAGGUUUACAAUAUUCUUUGAUUUGCAGAAGGAAGAUGCAAUGUUUAUGCUCUGUUGAUGAUAUAUAGACAUUAGAUGUCUUUAAUUAUAUCUGCAUAUGGUGAAUUGAUGAUGAGGUUCUGGACUGCUGGGUACAAGGUAAGCAAAAACAUUGCAUAAAAAGUGGUUUCAACAGAUGCCCUCAUCAUACUUCUGUUCUUUAUCAUUCUGACAGUGUUACAAAA